AUGGAAGUGUCCAAGCUCAUGUCAUCUUGUCCUCACUUAAGUGUGAGCUUGGGAGGGGUUGCGGUCUCAUGUCUGGUGGAUAUAGGGUCUAUGGUGUCGACUAUCACAGAGGGCUUUUUUCACCAGCAGUUUGAGCCCUGGGGCCAAGAGCGGCUCAAAUCUUGUCAUUGGCUGCAGCUCAGAGCAGCCAAUGGCCUGGUUAUUCCUUAUAUAGGUUACUUAGAGUUGGAUGUGGAGAUCUGUGGUAAGCUAUUGCCAGCUUGUGGGAUUUUGGUGUUCAAGGACCCCCCUGGUGGUGUGUCUUUACAGGUCCCUGGGGUUCUAGGGAUGAAUGUCAUCUGCAGGUGCUAUGGGGAACUCUUUGGGCAGCAUGGCUUGGCUUUGUUCGAUCUGCUGGUGGUGUCUGAGGCACCCAAGCUUGUCACACAGGCCCUCCAAAUUUGCCAUGAAGCCAGUGUUGUGACUGAUCAGGGAGCAGGGAGAGUCAAGGUCCGUGGUAAAAAGGCUUGUCACAUCCCAGGUGGCGUGAUGAAGAUUGUCACGGCCACAUGUUCAGAGCAGUACUCUGGCACUACAGUGCUGUUUCAGUCCCUAGACUCUGGCCUGCCUGCCAGCCUUCUUGCUUCUCCUGCCCUGGUACCGGUGGUAUGGGGCACAGCCUACAUUCCCAUUGUAAAUGUAGGAUCUUUAGAUGUGCUGCUCUACCCCCAUGCUGUUGUUGGGACCUUAGAGGAGGUAUGGGUGGUAAGUCUACCUGCUGGUGUCACUGAGGUGCCACCUGUGGUGGCUAUGGUGGCUUCUCAGUCUGUUUCCCUACCAGUGCAGGAUCAGAUAGCAGGCUUGGAGUUGGGUCAUUUGCCGGUGGAAGCACAGGGUGAGGUGAGAGCACUUUUGAGUCAGUUUGGGUCUGUCUUUUCAGCCCAUGACGGGGACCUAGGUUGUACUGAUCUGAUUUCCCAUGAGAUCCUGCUCUUAGAUGAUGUCCCUGUGCAGCAACUGUAUCGCCGGAUUCCCCCAUCAGAGUAUGAGGUCGUUAAAGACCACAUUAAUCAGCUGCUCAGUGCGCAGGUUAUUAGGGAGAUCAGCAGUCCCCAUGCCUCUCCAAUUGUGCUGGUCAAAAAGAAGGACGGCAGUCUUCGUAUGUGCAUGGAUUAUAGGCUCCUCAACAGUAAAACCAGGAAGGAUGCCUUUCCAUUCCCCAAUGAUGAGUCCUUAGAUGCCUUGACCGGAGCUCGUUGGUUCUCCACCAUGGACCUGGCAAGUGGGUACAAUCAGGUCCCUAUGGCAGAGUCUGACUGUUCCAAGAUGACUUUUUGUACCCCCUUUGGUCUUUUUGAGUGGAACCGCAUGCCCUUCGGGCUUUGCAAUGCUCCCAGCACCUUCCAGAGGUUGAUGCAGUGGAUCUUUGGUGACCAGCAGAGCCAAUCCCUGCUGCUCUACCUGGAUGACAUUGUGGUUUUCUCAUCAACCAUUGAAAAACAUCUGGAGAGGUUGGGUGUGGUGCUGGGGUGUCUGCAGCACGAAGGGCUAAAGGUGAAGCUCAAUAAGUUUGCCUUCUUCCAGCGGGAAGUGCCUUAUUUGGGGCAAAUUUCCGACCAAGGUGUCUCUACAGACCCCAGCAAGGUCGAGGCGGUCUCCCACUGGCCAUUUCCUACCACUCUCUCAGAGCUGCGCUCCUUUCUUGGUUUUGCCAGCUAUUACCACCGCUUUGUAGAGGGUUUUGCAAAGCUGGCUGCACCCCUGCAUAAGCUGGUGGUAGAGCUGGCUGGUCACAAGUCCAAGUGGUUAGAUAGCGCAGUCUCUGGUUGUUGGACAGCGGAGUGUCACCUUAGCUUCGAGGCAUUGAAAACCAGACUCAUCUCUGCACCGGUGCUGGCAUAUGCUGACUUCAUCCUCCCAUUUAUUUUGGAAGUGGAUGCCAGCUAUGGUGGCUUGUCACAAGAACAGGAUGGUAAGGUUAGUCCCACAGCCUAUGCGAGCCAUGGUUUGAGGCCCACUGAGCGCAAUAUGCACAACUAUAGCUCCAUGAAGUUGGAGUUUUUGGCGCUCAAGUGGGCAAUGACGGAAAAGUUCAGGGAGUAUCUGUUGGGCCACAAAUGUAUUGUUUACACUGACGACAACCCCUUGAGUCACCUGCCAUCUGCCAAGCUCGGGGCCACCGAACAACAUUGGGCAGCCCAACUUGCUUCCUUUGAUUUUGAAGUGAAGUACCGUUCGGGUCGAAGCAAUAAGAUGGCUGGUGCUCUGUCUCGUCGGCAUCCCCCUGAACCACAGGACAUGCAAACCAUGGUCUGUGGCACACUACUCCCUCAACCCUUGCAGCAGGCCUUGCAGGUGGACAAAGUAGAGGCAACACAAGCCACUGUUGCAGUCUUGUCCCAUCAUCUCCCAUCUGAUCUCGCCAUGCUCCAGCACACUGACCCCGUCACUCAGGAGGUGUUGGUUUUCUGGACACAUAAAUGGUGUCCAGAUAGAGAGGAGCAGAAGCAUUUAUUGCAGGCAGCCUUGGUCUUGCUUCGACAGUGGGAUCGCCUGGUUGAGAGGAAUGGUGUGUUGUAUUGCCAGGUUUUCAGGCCAGGUGGGGCUGAGGUGAUGUUUCAGUUGUUGUUGCCUGUGGCAUUAAAAACAGAGGUGCUGACUGAGGUCCACCAGGGGCAUGGCCAUCAGGGGGUUAAGAGGACUUUGGAGCUUUUACGCCAGCGGUGUUACUGGCUAGGGAUGUCGGCUGAGGUAAUGCAGUGGUGUCUGGCAUGUGAGAUGUGCCAGGUGGCCAAGGUGGGUCAACCAGCCACUCGUAGUUACAUGGGACACCUGUUGGCUUCUCGGCCUAACGAGAUUCUGGCCAUUGAUUUUACCAUUAUGGAGUCCAGCCAUAAUGGGAUGGAAGACGUUCUUGUCAUGACUGACAUUUUUAGUAAGUACACAUGGGCUGUCCCCACCCUGGAUCAGCAAGCUGCCACUGUAGCUCAAGUCCUGGUCUCGGAGUGGUUCUCGAGAUUCAGUGUUCCAGCCCGGAUACACUCAGAUCAGGGGCGGAGCUUUGAGAGCUCCCUCAUUCAGCAGCUGUGUGGUCUCUAUGGUAUCGAGAAGUCUUGCACCAUGCCAUACCAUCUUUCUGGGAAUGGGCAAUGUGAGCGUUUCAAUAGAACGUUUCACGAUCUGCUGCGUACCUUGCCUGUGACCUGAAAGUGUGACUGGAGUUCCUGUCUGCCCCAGGUCUUGUAUGCCUAUAAUACCACCCUGCAUCAGGUAACUGGUGAGUCUCCUUUUCUUCUGAUGUUUGGUCAGGAGCCGAGACUCCCCAUUGAUUUCCUGCUAGGCAGAGUUCAGGAUCCUGUUGGUGGCUAUGUGCAUGAGUGGGUUCAGGAGCACCAGACUCGCUUGCAGAUAGCGUUCGAGGGAGCUCGUGACCAGUUGAAGGCUGCUGUGGAGCGUCGUAAGAAAAACCACGACCAACAUGUUCGAGAUGUUCCCUUGAAGGAGGGCCAGUUGGUGUGGUUGGAUGACCCAACCAGAGCCAGACAGGUCCAUCGAUCUCUGUUGAAGGCUGUGUUAGGGGUCAGUUCUCCAGGUGGUGCCAUCAUUCCCUCUCCGCCUCUUCCUGCGCAGCCUCAAUCAGAGGACGAGCUGUCUUUUGAUGGUGAUUGGUUGAUGUUGGGGUCUGAGAACCCGUUGCCCAUUCCUGUUCAGGCCGAAGCAGUGACUCAAACCACUCCUUGGCAGCUGGUUCCCCCAUCUGACUCAGUCUCCGUCGUGCCAUCUUUGUCUGUGGAUCCGGUGACAGGUACUUCUUCUUCUCUCCCUGUUCUGGAAGAAGCUGCUGUCCGUCGGACUGCUAGGUCAACUGCAGGUCAUCACUCCAACGUCCACCUCUAUGAGGCUAGGACCGCCCCGUCCAGCCGAGGGAGGGUUGUGACGGGGCCUACCCUCUCUCCCGGACUCCCUGGCCAAGGAAUCUACAUCCCGGUCUCCAUCUCCUGGGGUGAGUCUGUCCACUCUUGUCAAGCUUUGAUAGACUCAGGGGCGGCUGGGAACUUUAUGGAUAUUCACUUCGCCCAAAGCAUCAAUAUUCCGACUGCACCUCUUGAAGUCCCACUGUCUGUGUCUGCCCUCGAUGGCCAAGCGUUAGGUGAUGGAAGAGUCACCCAAGUUACUUCUCCAGUUUUCCUCCAGUCUCAAGGUCACAAGGAAGAAAUAUCCCUGCACCUGAUUCAUUCACCUGAGUUCCCAGUUAUUCUAGGCCUUCCUUGGCUUACUCGCCACAACCCUCGCAUAGACUGGGUAACAAGCCAGGUUGUGGAAUGGGGCCCUGCAUGCCAUGCCUCUUGUCUGCUCUCUAGCUCUCCUGUGUCUCCUGCCGAGCCCCCUGAUCUCACCGAGUUAUCUCAAGUUCCCACAGAGUACUGGGAUCUCAAGGAGGUAUUCAGCAAGAGCAGGGCCGCCGUUCUUCCUCCGCACCGGGCCUACGACUGUGCCAUCGACUUGCUCCCUGGGACUACCCCUCCUCGUGGCAGACUGUUUUCACUCUCUCAGCCAGAACGCAAGGCCAUGGAGGAAUACCUCAAAGAUGCCCUGGUCUCUGGGUUUAUUCGACCCUCCACUUCACCUGCUGGAGCCGGCUUCUUCUUUGUCGGCAAGAAGGAUGGGGGGCUCCGACCAUGUAUUGAUUACAGGGGCCUGAAUAAGAUCACUGUGCGCAACCGAUAUCCCCUUCCGCUGAUGUCCACAGCUUUCGACCUGCUCCAAGGCGCCACCGUCUUCACCAAGUUGGACCUACGGAACGCAUACCACCUCAUCCGUAUCCGACAGGGAGACGAGUGGAAGACUGCCUUUAACACCCCGUCUGGGCACUACGAAUACCAGGUGAUGCCCUUUGGACUCACCAACGCACCAGCUGUUUUUCAGGCCCUAAUCAACGACGUCUUAAGGGACAUGAUUAACCUAUACGUUUUUGUCUACCUCGACGACAUCCUUAUCUUUUCCAAGACCGUGCAGGAGCACCGCCACCAUGUCCGCCAGGUUCUCCAGAGGCUGCUACAGAACAAUCUGUUCGCCAAGGCCCAGAAAUGCGAAUUUCAUGUUCCCGAGGUCUCCUUUCUGGGAUUUAUUGUACGGACAGGCCAACUCCAAAUGGACCCUGCCAAGACCCUGGCCGUCCGGGAUUGGCCUACUCCCAAGUCCGUUAAGGAGGUUCAGCGGUUCUUAGGAUUCGCUAACUUCUACCGCAAGUUCAUCAGGAACUUCAGUUCUGUGGCAGCACCCAUGUCAGACCUCACCAAAGGGACAGGUGGAUCUUAUGGCUGGUCUCCUCAGGCAGAAAAGGCGUUCAAAGACCUCAAGGACCGCUUCUGCACGGCACCCAUUCUGGUUCUCCCGGACACCUCCCAACCAUUCAUCGUGGAGGUGGACGCCUCGGACAGUGGCGUCGGCGCGGUGCUCUCUCAACGUUCGGAAGGAAAGCUGCACCCCUGCGCUUACUUCUCCCACCGCCUGAGUCCUGCUGAGUCCCGGUACGAUGUGGGGGAUCGAGAACUGCUAGCGGUCAAACUGGCCCUUGAGGAGUGGAGGCACUGGCUGGAGGGAGCACAACAUCCAUUCCUGGUUUGGACUGACCACAAGAACCUGGAGUACCUCCAGCAAGCCAAGAGACUGAACCCUCGACAGGCUAGGUGGGCCCUGUUUUUCAGUCGGUUUGACUUCACCCUCUCAUACCGCCCCGGCUCCAAGAACACCAAACCUGACGCACUGUCCAGACUGUUCUCUGCCACUAACAGGGAGAAUGAAGUCGGGCCUAUUAUCCCUGUGUCCCGGAUUGUGGCCCCUGUCCGCUGGGGUAUUGAGGAGGCUGUCCGACGAGCCCAACGCCAGGACCCCGGUCCUGGGACGGGGCCACCAGGCCUCUUGUACGUCCCACAUCAAGCCCGGGCCAAGGUUCUCCAGUGGGGUCACUCUUCCCCUCUCACCGCCCACCCGGGAGCUCGGAGGACCCUGGACUUCCUGAAAAGACGCUUCUGGUGGCCUAACAUGGAGAAGGAAGUAAGGUCAUUUGUCCUGUCCUGUGAGGUUUGCACCAGAACCAAGAACCCACGACAGCGUCCCCAGGGUCUCCUGCAUCCUCUGACCAUUCCCCGGCGUCCCUGGUCCCACGUGGCAGUCGACUUUAUCACGGGUCUCCCUGAGUCACAAGGUAACACGGUCAUUUUGGUCUUAGUUGACAGAUUCUCCAAGGCCUGCCGCUUCAUACCACUGUGCAAACUCCCCUCUGCUCUUGAAACUGCGAAACUUUUGUUUAAUCAUGUCUUCCGAGUCUUUGGUCUUCCACAGGACAUCGUCUCAGACCGAGGGCCCCAGUUCUCCUCCCGAGUGUGGCACGGGUUCUGCAAGGUCAUCGGAGCCACUGCCAGCCUCUCCUCUGGAUUUCACCCACAGUCCAAUGGUCAGACGGAGAGGCUCAACCAGGACCUGGAAACCACCCUGCGAGGCCUGGCUAUGGAGGUCACUCCUGAGCUGAAGGAUCUCCUGAAUGAGAAGAAGAGAAUAUUCAGAUCAGGAAACAGACAGGAAUUGAGGAGGGUACAGAAGGAGCUGAGAAGAAAGAUCAGGGAAGGCAAAGACCACUACAGGAAGAGGAUGGAGGAUCAGCUGCAACAGAGCAAUGUGCGCAAGAGGCAGCAAGUGUUGGAGCGCAUCACAGAUGUGGUGAAGCUCAUUGGAAAAAGAGGUUUGAGCCACAGAGGGUCACAGUCGGAGACAGCAUACAUGCUUGAUGAUGAUACAGUGGACCAUGGCAACUUCUUGGAAAUUAUUGUGUUGCUUUCAAAAUAUGAUGUUUGCCUCAAGGAACAAUGA